AUACGACCAUGGCUCCGAAUGGGCAUGCGACCCCAGGCACGGCGGGUAAUCCUCACCGUCUCCGUCUCGUACCGUACCUCGAGAACACCCGUUCGCUUAUCUUCGACCCGAUCCUGCGCCAGCUCACAGAUGGCCAAGCGCCCAUUCGCAUUGGCAGAUUCACGGAUAGACGUAGUACCCGUGGGACGGGGGACGAUGAUGGGAAGAUCGCGUUUAGGAGCAAGGUCGUUAGUCGUGCUCAUGCAGAGGUGUGGUGUGAGCCUUCGGGCAAGGUACUCCUGAGGGAUACCCAGUCCUCUUCGGGCACGUUCCUCAACCAUAUCCGCCUUUCAGCCCCAAGUGUUGAGUCACGCCCUUUCCCCGUCAAGGACGGUGAUGUCAUCCAGCUCGGGGUAGACUAUCAGGGCGGGACAGAGGAGAUCUAUCGUUGUGUUAAGAUACGGGUUGAGCUGGAUAGGCAUGUUGGAGGGAGGGAGGCGUUCAAUGAGAACGCGAUCGCUCAGCUUAAUGCGCUUGCUGCUGCACCUAUUGCUACUGUUGCUACUGUUGCAUCGACCGCCGCACCCGCCCCAACGGCUGAUGACUCACCGAAGAAACCAUCCAUCACAGAAUGUUCAAUUUGUAUCUCGAGCGUCACCGUCUGCCAGGCGCUGUUUAUCGCGCCUUGCUCGCAUGUAUUCCACUACAAGUGCAUUCGCCCACUGGUGGAGAAACGAUAUCCUGGGUUCAUGUGUCCCAUGUGCAGGAGCUAUGCGGAUCUAGACGCUGACGUAGACGAUGAGGACUACGGCUUGCCUGCUAAGGCUGCUGUGCCCGUGCCUGCCGCGGAACACCUAGACGACCAUCCUGCGCCUCCUGCAUCUCAAGAACUUGCGCAUCCCGCGCCUGAAGUAUCCGUUGUAGAAAUAGAAGAUCAGGACAUGGACGAGGUCGCGGUGGAGAACGAAGCCCUCGGGAACGGCGGUAUGGAGGAAGAAGACGUCGAUGUUGUCGCUGCUAUCUCUGAUCCGUUUGACGGGUCCCCGGCUACGCAAGAAGAGGAACUGGAAGACGAAGACCUGAUUGAGGAGCGGGAGGUGGAGGCCACUGCAAGCAACAGCAGUACGAGUACCAACCCUGGUCCUCCUCCUCCCCCGUUCAGGAUGAGCAUGCUCAUCCCCACUGCUGGGCCGUCCCGUUCCCACCCAGAUGCGGCACGCGACGCCGACCGGGAGAGACUGGACGAGAACGCGACGCCGAUGAACAACCUCUUCCUCUCCACUCUGGCGGAUACGUCUUCCCGCCGCACCCGAGUGUCGAACAUCUCCAACGGGGCAGCCCUGAAUGCGAACGGCGUCACACUCCUCACUCCUAUUCCGAGCGUGUCAAGUAUCGCCCCUUCUUUCGUCGUGCGCUCGGAGGAUACCCCCCAAGCCCAGACCAGGGCAAGUCAGCGCAGGAAGGGCAAGCGCCGCGCGCCGACGUCGGAUGACGUCCCCCCCGAAAGGGAGCGGGAACGCAAGCAGCAACGGGAUAGGCGUACGGUGAUCGACCUUGAUGCAGAGGACGACGAAGACGAAGACGCAGUCAUGGUCGAGGGCUGAUAACUUGACCAAUGCUGCAAGAGAGAUUUCCUGAUUUCCCGAUUUCCUUUUUCUCAGAUCUCGAGAAAAACUUGGUUUACCCCCUUAGGUUGCGUUACCCUGUCUCUCCUUCCUUUCUUCCCUUUCUCUUGUCCGUUUCCCCUUUGGCCUCAGUCUUAUCCAGUUAUUAUUAGUUCUUGCCGUUCUGUGACGAUUUGACCCCCCAAUGCAAGUCUUUCUUUCCCUCAGUUGUGCCUUCGGGCACACGACGUUUCUCAGUGCAUAUUCCAUAUUCGGUUCUCGAUCUCAU